UCUUAAACCCGCCACUUCUUACCCACCAAACUUUCAAAAUCUCUGGUAAGAUUAGAACAGAGCGAUUUUGCUUUACAUUUAUGUUUGCAAAGAGACCCAAACCCCUCCUUUCGUUCCCAAAACAACAACUCUCAAAUCCUCACUUCUUCUUCUUCUCAACACAUACUACACUUCACUCACCUCUGUCUUCUCUCCCACCACGCCCUUCCAUCAACCAAACCAAGCAAGUCCACGCUCAAAUCAUCGUUUCCGGCCUCGCCGCCAAUGCCAGCUUCACGGGUCACCUCCUCGCCUCUCUUGCUCUGUCCCCAUCAACCCCAUUUGCCUAUUCACUCUCCAUUUUUCAAACGAUUCAAUACCCAUCUCUUUUCGCCUCCAAUAACAUGAUCCGGUGCCUCGCCAAGAGCGAGUCGCCUCGUGAAUCGGUUGUACUUUACUCGUGUAUUCUGGGAAGGAAUCUGAUACCCAAUAACCAUACUUAUACGUUUUUGUUGCAAGCUUGUAGUAAAGCUUUGGCUAUAUGUGAAGGGGCUCAGGUUCAUGCGCAUGUGGUGAAACUUGGUUUUUGUGAGGAUGUGUUUGUUAGGAAUGCUUUGAUUCAUUUGUAUUCUGCUUGUUGUAGGGUAGAAUGUUCGAAACGGGUGUUCGAGGAGAAUGACCAUUGUCGAGAUGUUGUUACUUGGAAUUCAAUGUUAGCGGGGUUUGUAAGAGAUGGGCGCAUUGGUGAUGCGGAGAAAGUGUUUGAUGAAAUGCCUGAAAGAGAUGUUAUCUCGUGGAGUACAAUGAUUAUGGGUUAUGUGCAGAAUGGACAGUUGGAAGAAGGGUUGGAGUGCUUUAAGGAGAUGAGAGAGAAGGGGUUGAGGCCGAAUGAGGCCAUAUUGGUCACGGUGCUAUCGGCAUCAGCCCAAAUGGGUUUGCUUGAAAAUGGUAGAUUAGCUCAUUCCAUUGUAGAUUCGUUGAAUUUUCCGAUGACUGUUUCCCUUGGUACAGCGCUAGUUGACAUGUAUGCAAAAUGUGGGUGCAUUGAACAAUCUAAACUCUUGUUCCACAAUAUGCCCCGGAGAGAUAUUUCGUCAUGGAAUGCCAUGAUUUGUGGGUUGGCCUCGCAUGGCCUUGGAAAGGAAGCACUUGCACUUUUUGAAAGGUUCAUAGAUGAAGGUUUUCAUCCAGUGAGUGUGACUUUUAUUGGGGUCUUGAAUGCCUGUAGUAGAGCAGGUUUGGUCAAUGAGGGCAGGCAUUAUUUCAAGCUAAUGACAGAAAAGUAUGAUAUUGAGCUGGAGAUGGAGCAUUAUGGGUGCAUGGUUGAUCUAUUGAGCCGUGCUGGUUUUGUUGAUGAAGCUGUGGAAUUGAUUGAGAAGAUGCAAGCUCCACCAGAUCCAGUACUGUGGGCAACACUGCUUGGUGCUUGUAAGAUUCAUGGAUCAGUAGAACUGGGUGAAAAGAUUGGAAAUAAGUUAAUACAAUUGGAUCCAACCUAUGAUGGGCAUUAUGUACAAUUAGCCAGUAUAUAUGCCAAAGCAAGGAAAUGGGAAGAUGUGGUUCGAGUUCGGAGAUUAAUGGUGGAGCAAAACACUAACAAAGUUGCAGGUUGGAGUUUGAUUGAAGCACAGGGCAGAGUUCAUCAAUUUGUUGCAGGGGAUAGAGAGCAUGAGCGUUCUUUGGAGAUCUACAACAUGCUUGAAACAAUUGGAACUCGAAUAGCAGAAGCUGGUUACUCUCCAAAGAUCUCAUCUGUAUUGCAUGAUAUUGGGGAAGAAGAAAAAGAGAAUGUAGUUAAAGAGCAUAGUGAGAGGCUAGCAAUUGCUUAUGGUAUGUUAGUAACAAAGGUAGGGGAUUGCAUUCGAAUAGUGAAGAAUUUGAGGGUUUGUGAGGAUUGUCAUGAGGCGAGCAAGAUGAUUUCCAAGGUGUUUGACAGAGAAAUUAUAGUGAGGGAUUAUAGCAGAUUUCAUCAUUUCAAGGAGGGAAAAUGUUCUUGCCUUGAUUAUUGGUAAUGCUUAAUUUUAAACCAUCAAGAGAUCUUUUUGAUCUUCCGAUUCUUCUGGAAGCUUUCACUGAUAAAUUACCGAUGCUGAGCUGGAUAAUCAUCCAGCUCUAUUAGCUGCUGCUGUUGUUGCUGCUGCAAGAAGCACUUUGUGUCCACCUUCCUUGCAAACUCUUCUGGAGGAUGUGCCUGAGUUGGGGAUUCUGAUAAAAGUUCCAGAAGUAGGAAGCCGAAGCAUGAUGUAACUCUGGAGGUAAAUGAACUCAUUCAUGAUAUUGCCACUUGCCUUGAAGAGAUUACCGAGCAAGAAGUAGAGCACAUUCAUCAAAAUGAGGUAAUAUUAACUUUAGGAAGUUCAAGAACAGUCUUGGAAUUUCUUUGCAUUGCAAAGGUGAAAAAGAAAUCAUCUCGGAUGUUUGUUGCAGAGGGUGUUCCAAUGUAUCAUUAGGGACAUCUUCUUGCAAAAGAAUUGGUCACAGGAGAUCUACAAACCACACUAAUUACUGAAUCUGAAGUUUUUGCCAUGAUUUCCAUGCAAACACGGUUAUAUUUGCAGCACUUGCUGUCAUGGCCAGUGGCAGUAUUACAGCAUAUUAGCACCUAUUGGGUUCAAGCAUUUAGAACUAGAAGCGAAGGUACAUUGGACUCGGGGCAAGACAAGAAAUUCGAUUUAGAUGGAUUGUCCAUUUGCAUGGAUGACCAACGACUACACCAAUGAGUAGUACAUGAUUUCUAGAGAAUUUCCCUACAUAUAAGUCAUUAACUGACCUGCAUUUGUGAUUUUUUGGCAUAAAGAGAUGUGAAAUUUUAGUGCUGAUUUAUUAA